AUGUCGGAAGAAGAGCCAGACUAUUCGAGUCUUCCAUUAGAAGAAAGGCUAAUUCAUAAAGUUUGGAAAGUGCGAAAAGAAGCGUACACAGAAUUAGAUGAGGAAUUUCAAAAUUCGGCGUCAGAUACAUCUGACUGUUUUCGGUUAUGGAUCAUGAAUCCAUCACUAAUCUGUAAGGCCGUCUCUGAUAUAAAUGUCGUUUCUCAAGAGGCAGCUAUUGGAGCUCUUCUUUCAUUUCUUCAGUAUGGAGGAAAACGGGCAGCUGCAAAAACGUAUUCUUUGGUUAUUCCAUCCCUCUGUGAGAAGGCAUUGAGUUCAUCUAGGGCAAAGACUAAGGCGAAAACAACAGAGGUGUUGUGUAUGUAUGUGGAACUAGGAGGGUCAACAGCUACACCAGUUAUAGAACUUAUAAUACCUUCAUUAAAAGCAAGAUCACCAAGACAUGUGGCUGCAGCUGUUGCUGCCCUGAAUGAUGUUUACAAUGCAUUUGGGUGCACCGUUUGCCCUCCAAAGCUUGUGAUGGAUCAAUUGCCUACUCUGUUUAAGCAUGCCGACCGGAAUGUGAGGCAGGAAGCUUUAAAAUUAAGCGUUACUCUUAGAUCGUACAUUGGUGAUGCAUUUGAGACGAUUAUUUUCCCGAGCCUGAAACCGAUCCAGCAGAAGGAUUUGACUAAGGCUUUUCAGAAAAUACAGGAAUUUCCAGCCAGGCCUACGAGAUUAUUGAAGUCUGAGCAGGAAAGACGUGACCGUGAAGCUAAAUCUAGUACAGACGGUGAUGUUGAAAUGAAAGAUGAUGCUGAAGGUGUUUCCAGUGGUGGUAAUACUGGUUCUACGGACUCUUCCGAGUUGAAACCCGUUGAUCCGUACGAUUUGGCCGAUCCAGUUGAUGUUUUAUCGCAACUGCCGUCCGACUUGGCUUUGAAAGUGGAUGUUCCAAAAUGGAAAGAGCGGGUCGCUGCUUUGGAAGAUGUAAAAAAGACAUGCGAUGUCAUGAAAGUCAGUCAUGGAGAUUAUUCGAGUCUUCUGAGAAUUUUAUCUAAGAGCCUAGGCGAUGCAAAUAUAUUGGUUGUAACCUUAGCAGCGGAAACUAUAACGGAGCUCGCAAAUGGCCUGAGGGUACAGUUUGCAUCUUAUGUUUCUGUUGUAAUUAAGCCCCUGCUAGAAGCAACAAAGGAGAAGAAAAAGUCUGUCGCUGAUGCAGUUAAUGGUGCCUUGGAAAGUUGUUUCAAGUACGGUUCUUUGGAAGAAAUAUCUGAAUCAUGCGUUCAGUAUAUGUCACACCGAAUUCCCCAGGUAAGGAUAGCAGUGAGUGAAUAUCUUGCACUCUGUCUUCAAAAUUGCAACUCGGCACCUUCAAAAAAAAUGUGCGACACUAUCUUUACAACAGCCAUUAAGCAUCUUGACGAUCCGCAAGUGCAAGUGCGUACUGCUAUGAGUAAAGUUAUAGCAACUAUGAUGAAGCUUAUGGGUGAGCGGAUGUCGAAGCCGUAUGUGUCGAAAAUAGCGCAUAGGCACAUGAAGAAAAUAGAAGAUAUAUACUCUAAGAUUGAGGUUAAUGCAAAAGUUUCUUCUGGUGAGACACAUUCCUCUUCAAGAGGGGUGGCUAAUCAAGCAAGACGAACUGUUUCUGGGUCUGGUUACAUGCCAGCUGGUCGAAAAUCAAGCGGCAUGAGGUCUUUGACUUCAAAUAAGAGUAAAAGCUUCGAAGCUUCGAGAAGAUUUAGGAGUGCAAUUGGUAGUCCACAUGGCUCUAAUAGAAAUAGUACGAUUCCCUCAAAGAGAGAAGGUUCUCCGCUAAGAAUGGCAACGAGUACAAAUAAAAUGAAUCUUCCAUUUAGAUCAUUACGCUCGGGAAGUGGAAAUGUGGCCGGAAAUAGGGCGGGAUUUCCCCAAAGUGGUUUGCACAAUGAACUGAGAGCGGAGAUCGGGUCAACAGCAACGAAAAAAGAGCUUGAAGUGCUUCGCAAGGAGAAACUUCAAUGGCAGAAGGAGAGAGAGCGGUUGGAAGGCAGUUUACAACAACAGAUAUCCAUUAAUGAAGCUAAUAUGAAGAAGGCAGACUCUUUAACUUCGAUAGUUGAAGACUACAAGACGAAAUUUGUGACGAUGAAUGUUGCACUGAAGUCUAAAGAUACGAGGUUAAGAAGAUUGCAAAGCGAUUUAGAGGUGGCAAAGAGUAGGAUUGCCGCUUUGGAGAGAGAAAGGCGGAAAUCGGAUCAGGAGAUAAAUGGUAACGCCAUUGGGCAUGGUGAAAUCAAUAAUGAAGAAGCUCAAGUGAAAAAAGAAAGUGAUGAUUUAGAGCAGAGCCCAGAAGAAAAGGAAUUGAAUACUUCGUUUGAAAAGAAAGCAAAACAACUUAACAGAAGAAUUUCACGGCUAUCAUUGCGCUCAGAAGCCGAUGUCAAAAAAGAAAAUGUGGUCGAUAAAUCGCCGAAUGAAAAGCCUAGUCAAACUGAUGGCAGCAAGUUGGCAUCAGGUUUAUUUGAGCUUGAUUCAAAUGAUGAUAGCUGGAAGCGUGCUGCAGAGGUGACCAAUCAAUUGAAGGCUAGAAUUGAGCAAAUGAAAGCGCGUACGAGAAGUUUGAGUCAAAUGUAA